AUGUAUUUAAAGAACCCAGAUGAAACAUACAUUCGAUUGGAUCCAGUCAAUGAGUCAACAUCUCCAUCGUCAUCAUCUUCAACCCAUUUGAACAGCAUUAGUACACAAGCUAUUUCGGAAUCCUAUUUUCAGGAUAUAGGAGAACAAGUUCAAUUGAAGCAGCAGCAGCAGCAACAACAGCAACAGCAUCAACACACUGUUUCCAAUGCUUCUUCAUCCGCACCUCGUGAUGACAACAACAAGAUAUUUGCUCAGGAUCGACCUGACAACCUGUUUGCUAGCAAUACACAAACCAAUGGUCAAUCCAUAUCAACACAGCCUACAUCACAACCAGCUACUAGACCCGACAAAAUGAUUGAACAGCUCACAGAUGGCCUCGUUCGUUUAACGUUACAUCACGAUGCUUCAAAGUUGGGAAACGAGAACGUCACGCCAUGGAGAAGCUAUGGAGAGUUUGUUCGAUGGACGCCUGAACCACACCUGCCCACCUACUACACAGCACCGAUUGACAUGCCAUCUCGACCCACACAGGAGCAUUUGAUCGGGGUCUUUUUUGAUGAAUGCCAUCACAUCUUGCCUACACUGUCCAGAUCUAUGUUUUACGAUCAACUCAAGAUUAAGGGCCCCCUCGUGACACCACUCCUACUCAAUUGCAUCUAUGCGCAUGCGGCAAAACGCAUCAACAAUCCUGCUUUCCGUUCCGAACAGAACAAUCCCUCAACACAGGGCGACUUGUUCUACAAUCGUGCGAGACGACUCGUGGAUGAUUUUUUGGACGUACCUCGCAUCAGUACAGUCAUUGCUUUACUGUACAUGGCAUUGUAUGAUUGCGAUCAUAUCCCUCAAAACGGUACUCGCACUCGAUCCAGUCGUGCUUGGAUGUACAGUGGCAUGGCGAUUCGUAUGUGCUUCGAACUGGGUUUACAUACAGCAAAUUACAGUAGUCAAAUGUCUCAGUGUGAUAUCGAGUUGCGUAAGCGAGUGCUGUGGACUUGUUUUGUGAUGGACAAACUGGAGAGUUGUACUAUGGAAAGACCUUGGAUGUUGAAAUCAAAGGACAUUGCGUUGGAUUUCCCAACGCCCUUACCCGAGGAUUCCUUGCAGGAGAGGCUAGUGCUGGAAGGAUUCAACCAACUGUGUCGACUCAUGAUUUUAAUGGAGAAGGUGAUUCACUUUUUUACGUACGACAUGAAGAACUUGAGCCUGUGGACCAUUAGUGAAGAGAACCAGAUUUUGCAGUAUUUGGAUGCCAUUCAUCAAUGGAGAGACAUGUUGCCCAACGAGCUUCAAUGGACUACACCUGCCAACAACCCCAGCAUGCAGCGAUUCAUGCCAGCUGUACCCUCCUCGGCUGUCGUUGCCAAUCUCCAUCUGAUUUGCUACGAUCUGGAACUGUCGCUCAUCAUGUGCUGUCGUUAUCAGGACGAAGAUUUGCACCGUGAAAGACGAAGAACACUAGCCAACACCAUCACUCAAAUUGUGUCACUCACCGUACAGCAUCAGCACCUCAUGUACACCUUUGCCGUGUCCACCUUCUCUGGUAUUUUUGCUGCUUUGACACAUGCUGUUGAUUUUGACAAUCCACGUUUGGACGUAUCGGAAGGCGCCAAAUUGCAAUUCAGAAAGAGCUUGGAGGAUGUCAGAUUGAUUGUGGAACACAUUCCUAUGCGUGAUUUGCGUAAUUUCGCUCGUUUGGUGGAUUUGACAUUGCAGCCCAAUACACAAAUGAUGGGAUCUUCCAUGGGUGUGCCGCCACAGACAUCAUAUGCGUCUGCGUUCUCUGCGAUCAGUGACCUGGUUCAAAAGGAUAGCAGUAACAGUAUGGAGCCCAAUGGCAACAUGUAUACACCACAUCAAGAAGUGUUGGAAAAUGGAUCAGGUUAUGGCUCAGUAUCACCUGAAAGACGUAGAUCGCCUUUCCCCAACAACCCCAUGAUUUCUGGUCAAUUCGCGUUUGACGCUUGUUAUCAACAGCAAGCCAGUAGCACAUCGUCACCUUCUGGUAGUGUGUCUGCCGCCGCUGUAGCAGCAGCAGCAGCGGCGGUCGGUGCCGUAGGAACACCCAGCGCAGCUUCAGGACCUACCAACAAGAGUAUUGAGCCAGCAGACUAUACAUUCGAGCUAAUUUCAGUAGCGGAUGAAUGGGCAAGAUCCCUGAUAUACUAG